AUGUUUAUGGCAAGAUCUGAAUACGGUAAGCUAUGCUACAUGUACAUCCCAGAAGCUCAGGAGUUGUUUGAGUGUCGCAGCUCUGUCGGCCCUCCUCCCGUCCCUCCGGCUUAUAACCCACGACACCACUCGUCUCGUGGCCCCCAAGAUGCUGACCCUCCAACCCCCCACAGCACCUUCUCGCCCGAAGGCCGGCUCUUCCAGGUCGAAUACUCGCUCGAGGCGAUCAAGCUAGGCUCGACAGCAAUCGGCGUCGCAACCUCGGAAGGCGUCGUGCUGGGCGUAGAGAAGCGCGUGACGUCAACCCUCCUGGAAACCUCGUCGGUCGAGAAGAUCGUCGAGAUCGACCGGCACAUCGGGUGCGCCAUGUCUGGGCUGCAGGCGGACGCGCGCAGCAUGGUCGAGCACGCGCGCGUCGAGUGCCAGUCCCACGCCUUCAACUACAACGAGAACCUGCGCGUCGAGAGCUGCACCCAGGCCAUCUGCGACCUGGCCCUGCGCUUCGGCGAGAGCGCUGACGGCGAGGAGAGCAUCAUGAGCCGGCCCUUCGGCGUCGCGCUGCUGAUCGCCGGCUACGACGAGGACGGCCCCCAGCUCUACCACGCCGAGCCCAGCGGCACCUUCUACCGCUACGAUGCGAAGGCCAUCGGGUCCGGCAGCGAGGGCGCCCAGGCCGAGCUGCAGAACGAGUACCACAAGUCCCUUACGAUCAUAGAUGCCGAGACGCUGGUCCUGAAGACGCUGAAGCAGGUGAUGGAGGAGAAGCUGGACUCGAAGAACGUCCAGCUGGCGAGCGUGACGAAGGAGAAGGGCUUUAGAAUAUACACUGACGAGGAGAUGGCUGCUGUUGUCGAGAGACUACCCGCGAACUAG